UAUCCCUCGGUGUAGCAGCGCUGGCUCCUAUUUGUUUCUUCCACGCGGGACGUCGCGGUGUCAAGUAUGCCCGGGUAGCUCCAGGUGGAGGACCUUCGAUCGGAGCGGUGUGCGUCGACGUGGUGGUGGUGACGUCGCGCUAGUGAUGCAUUAUAAUCUCGAGUUAUCGGUCGACGAAGCGAGGACGGGACAAGCAUGAGCGACGCGGUCGACGAGGAUUGCUCGGGAGACGAGGAGGAGUUUGUCGUCAACGGGCGCACAGUCGCGUGUCAUUAGCAUGGGCUCGGACGAGCCGUCAGUUGAAAAUCGGCCGGGUAUUGUGCUAAGUGGCACGCGGCGGAGGAGGAGCUAUGACGGACAGGGGCACCGCUGCCCAUCUGUCUUCAGACGCCAAGAGUGACGUUGGUGCGCUGCCGGGCCCGGCCACGAGACGUGGCGUCAGGGUGUACAAGAUCGUCGUGCUCGGGGAAGGAGGCGUCGGCAAAUCAGCCAUCACCUUGCAGUUUGUCAGCCACAGUUUUUUAAUAGACCACGAUCCGACGAUCGAGGACUCGUACCAGCAGCAGGCGGUCAUUGACGGCGAAUCGGCUCAGCUCGACAUUCUGGACACAGCCGGUCAGAUCGAAUUCACGGCUAUGCGAGAGCAGUACAUGCGCUGCGGCGAGGGUUUCAUGCUGUGCUACUCCGUCACGGAUCGGCACUCGUUCCAGGAGGUGCUCGAGUACCGCAACUGCAUCUUACGAUUCCGCGCCAACGAUGGCUUCGCCCCGCCCAUGGUGUUGGUCGGCAACAAGUGCGACCUGCAAAAUCGGCGCGAGGUCAGCACGGAGGAGGGCAAAACCCUGUCGGACCACCUGGGCUGUCCGUUCUUCGAGACGUCAGCGGCCUUUCGUCAGUUCAUCGACGACGCGUUUUAUUCUCUGGUGCGGCAGAUCCGCGAAAAGGAACGGGCCCAGCCGGCCAGAGGUGGCCGUCGGCGCUGGAGGAGGCUGCGAUCCAUCUUUGCGUUUAUAUUCCGGAGACGAAGACCCAACCCGCCGAGGUCCCCCUGAAAGGGAGAAGAAAAAAAUAAUAAAAAAAAAAAAAGCACACCCACACUUAGAUAAUCAUCCACGCAAAGCGAGCCUAUAGUGUAUAUGAAUAAUGAUGAUCACGUCCUAUAAUACGAUACCUGCAUGUAUACCCAUGUGAACGCGAGUACAUGUACACAACGAACUCGAGUGAGUCUUCCCAAGUAAAAGUAGUGAGUAUACGAUAUAUUACAAGUACAUACAAUUAUGAAGCGUACGAUGUGCGGUUCCCAAAGGUUUUGGUCACGUAAGUGUUGUUAGUUUGUCAUUUGGGUGCUGGCACCGCGAUUUUACGUUGACGACAAAUUUACAGUAUACUACGUUCGUUGAAUUUUUUCAGAUUUUAUGUGUGUACAAUACAUGGUGUUGCGUGUAAAUGACGGAAAUUUACCGAUGAGAUCGGUAAAUUUGGAAUAUUUUUCGAAAAAAAACAAAAAAAAAAAAAAAAAACUUAUCGAGAGUAAUAAAAUUACAAGUGUUGAAAACACGAUACGUGAAACGUUGAAAAUGUAGAUAUACGUCCGGCCGAGUGUUGGCUGAAUCAUCAUUUUUACUUUGCAAGUUUAAACUUUGAAAUUUUUUUAUUUUUUUUUUUUAUUGAUCGUACAGGGAUUAUUUUACUACGGUUCUACACUAGCGUAAGAAAGCCCAGAAAGUAUUUUCUGCUAAGGGAUGAUUGUUAUCCGCCUAUACGUGUAUAAUGUUUGUUUCAACUUCCAUAGUGAACAAAAAAAACAAUCGGCCUUCAAUUGUACACGCGUAUAAACGAUUGUCGCGCAACAUUUUAGAUAUCCUUUACAUUUAUAGAUCCUCAGUACCAAAACGAGUCAUAAAGUAAUAAUAACGAGUAAUAGUAUCUAGUCGCUACUACUGUAAACGUGUCCUAGUCAACAGUUGCAUUUUUAUUUUAGACGAACCAAAGAAAAUUGGAUGGUCCACUGACUUGAAAAACACACACACACUGCUUUUUGUUUUUAUGCGAUUGUUCAAUUAUUGUUCGCGAUCCAAGGAUUAUUUAUUGAGACUAUGAAAAAUUUUUUAUACCUGUAUUUUUUGCCGGUUUUAAAAAACUAUAUA